AUGUCCCAGUCAUGCGAUGUCUGUCUCGACUUGAAGUAUUCCGCUCAACGGGCGGGCAAACGACUCCCACACCUGGGCUUCACUCCUGGCAGGGGAGAUGUUAACGUGAGAUACCUGAAGGACAUUGUGGCCUCACGCGAAUGCCGCGUGUGUGUGUUUAUCUUGGAAUGUCUCCGAUAUUUUGAGCUUGAACUUGCAUCCGACGACUUCGUCCUGCUUUGCAUGCAAGAGAAUAAUGAAACCACGAUAUUAGACCCAUUAUCAUACAGUACUGUCCAGGUCUACGCACCAUUAGGACAACCGCCUGCGUGGCAAGGCAUCGUGACCGGCCACGCGCUCAGCACCCACCCGGAUUCACAGGAAGCAUACGACUUUAUCGAGACAUGCCUCGCAAGGUGCGAGCAACAUCCAACAUGCAGACCGACCUCCACUUACGUCCCAACGCGUCUGAUCGACGUGGGCGUACCUGGAGACACCGAGGUUCGAGUGGUCGAGACGGUGACCUCCUCUCAAGACCGCUAUGUUGCGCUCAGUUACUGCUGGGGAGGCCUCGAAACUAUCAAGACGACAGCUUCCAAUUACGAAGCCAUGAAACGAGGUACACCAAUCUCAGGUCUCCCACAGACCAUCCGAGACGCCAUCAUCGUGACCCGCAGGCUGAAAGUCCGAUACUUCUGGAUCGACGCACUGUGCAUUAUCCAAGACUCGGCGUCUGAUUGGGAAAUUGAGUCGAGCAACAUGGCGUCGAUCUACCACAACGCCUAUCUUACCAUUGCAGCUGCCACCGCUGCAUCUGUCACGGAAGGAUUUCUUCAACGUGAGCACUUUGCCGCCGAGCAGAAACCUCCCUUGAUUAUUGAAUGGGAGACCCAGACCGGCCAGCGCACGCUCUUGGGUGCACGAAUGGUCCCUGCCGUGACAACCCACACGCUUGAUCUGAUGGACGAUGACACCCCGCCGUUAUGGUUCCGGGGCUGGACCCUGCAGGAGAGUAACCUCUCUACGAGGGUGCUCACCUACCACCAGGAGGAACUGUGGUGGUCCUGCCUGGGAGGGUCCGCGUGCGAAUGCGGGAUGCUUGACCGGGUCCGCGAUGGAGGCAAGAUCUUCUCUUUCCGGUCGUUCUACUCCAUUACGGACCCGCAGGAGGCCUACAAAGAUUGGCACGAGGUGGUCGACGAGUAUACCUCUCGAGAGCUGACGAUAUCGUCUGACAGACUUCCAGCAAUAUCGGGCAUCGCCCGGGUCGUCCAAGAUAUUACCAAGUCUAGGUAUAUUGCUGGCGUUUGGUUGGAUAAUCUAUUAGCUGAUUUGACUUGGCGUGCGGCGAUGAAUGAUAACAUCGAGGACAGCCACACGGUGAUUCCUCUCGUUGAGUACCACGCCCCCACGUUCUCCUGGGCAUCAAUCGAACAUACGGUCGUAUAUUCUCGUACAGAGGAGUGGGUUUCGGCGCGUUCAUGCACGGUCCUCGAUGCGGAUUCCAAGGUAGCGGGUCAGAACCUCCUGGGCCAGACACUCAGUGCGCAUGUGACGCUACAAGGGCUUCUACUCGAAACGACACUGGAAAUAGGACCCAGUCCUAUGAAUUUGCCUGAUAGAAAGUCGUAUAUCGUUGUUCAUGGCUCCAAAACGCUCCGACCCAGUGUUGAUUUGGCACUGGAGACUUUCCAGUUCACCAACGAAAAUGGUGUUGUGGAGCGGUCCGUUCGUCGAUCACCAUCAGAAUCAUCGAAGAAACAAGCCGAGUCCAGGACACCUGUCUUCCUAUUCUAUAUCGGGUACUAUCGUGGUAGUCGUCUGCCGCAAAGAGAGAAUUGCCAAUGGGUGGAGCACACUUACCUCCUUCUUGGAAAGUCGCCGAGCGAUUCGGCCAAGUACGAGCGGAUUGGGAUAGUCCCUGAGAGUUUUCUGAUGGAGGUUGGAGCUUCGGAGGUAUCCGAAUGUUCUGAGGCGCUGGAGGAUUUCUCGGAAGCGCUCAUCACCAUAGUGUAG